AUGCAAGAUGACCGUCACGCGAGGGACUCUUCCCCAGUCGCAAAUCUACCCUCUGUGAUCCCUUCUCCAUGCUUCAAUUCUAUCCCCAAUGAACCUGCCUACACGCCCACUCUAAACAGCCUGGCACCGGAAAAUGAACUCAUCCUACCUUCCUACGACACGGAAUCCAUUCACAGUGUUAAAAAACUGGAGGACGUGAGCGAUGCAUCGACAGAAUUACACCCUCCUCCAUGGACAUUACAGGCCCCAUCGGCAGAUGACACCUUACUUGAGGAUGAGCCAUCUAGGCAUGUGGACUACCUCUCACAUGACUGGAAGGAGGAGGAUAUCUGGUCCUCCUGGCGUUACGUGACGAGUCGGAGGAAUGAUUAUAGUAAUGGUGUCAGGUUGGAGAACGCCUCCUGGAGGACAUGGGCCAAGGCCAAAUACAACCUGAGGACGAUAUCGCCGGAAAGCCUCAAUUGGCUGAAGGACUGCGAUGUCACCUGGCUCUACGGCCCAUUGAAAAGUUCCGUCGAACGUGCCACCUCUCCAUCUCCUCCUCCAAGUCGCUUGGGGACACCAAACUCUUAUCUAGACCGAAAGCCAAUCCUGAAGAAGAAGACGGCGUCCGAGGCUAUCCUCCGGCGGUCACUAUCUCAACACACGUUACUCCAACAUGCCGGGGCCAUUCUCAAAGCUCAAGAAGCCGAGAACAGCUGGGCUCGACCCCCAUUCCCAAGGUCGAACACAGACCUGGACCAAUUGCAUCACUGGACUGGAAGCUCAACCUACUCUCUUGGUGGCACUCUCACUACCUCAUCAUCGUCCGGAAUGACAUCUCCAAGCGAACGGCGUCAUAUCCACUUCAACAAUGAAGUCGUACAAUUCAUCGCGGUCGAAGCCAAGGGCCACGAGGACGAUUGGCCGACCACCUUUGAAGAGUCAUCUUCCGACGACGGUAUAGUCUUGAUGCGACAAACCCCCAGCCGGUCCCCCCUAAGUAACCGCAGUACCCCACGCAACAGCUUCAGCGGUGAUGGCAAAACCAUCGCCCCUCUCCCCUCAACCACGCUCAAGUAUCGUGGGGAUCCUCCCGAGCCCCACGUUCAGACGAUCCUUGACCGGUGGUCCACACCCCCCACCCGGAUGGUAUCACCAACUCCCUCGGUGGAAACCCUACGCCCGCCAGGGCCAUCGGAGCCCUCGGCCAACUUCCUUUUGGAUGAAUGUGAAGAUCCCAGCCUGGAUUUCACCGGCAAUUACCCCGAUCGCGAUCGCGCAUGGUUCCUCGAAGAUGAUCCAGCCUCAGGUCGCCCGAUCCGAUUGACUGCUUCGGGCAUGAUCAUGCCGGAAGGCGAGACCGAGAUCCCCAGCAGUAGUAUCUUGGACCGGGUUGUGGACACUGUUAACACAGCCCGAGACAUCGCCCAUGUGAUUUGGAAUGUCGGCUGGCGCCGUUGA